AUGGCUUUCUACGUAUUUUCUCUAUUCUCUCACUCUCUCUCUCUCUCUUUCUCUUUUCUCCUUCUAUUCAGUUUUUCUACCCAUAUUUUCUUCCCUCUUUAUAUCUCUUUCUACAAUCAUUUCCUCCUUUUCUCUCCUAACUCUUUCUUUCGUUUAAAGUUUCAUUUUCUUUCUGUCAGUCUUUCUUUCUUAUUACAUUUUGGCUUUUUGCGUUAUGUCUUUCCUUUUUCUCUUUCUUUUCACCUUUUCUUCAUUUCGGUCUUCUUUUUGUUCUCUCUUCUUUCCUUAAGUUGCCAUUCCGGUCUCUUGCACACCUUAACUUUCGGCAUCCCUAGUUUUAUAUUGUUUCAUCUUGCUUUAUUUCCUUUUUUUCUUUUCUCAUUCUUGACUUUAUAUGUUUUACUUUCUUUUUCUUUCUCUAUUUUCUUUCUUUCUUUCUUUCUUUCUUUCUUUCUUUCUUUUGUAUCACUAAGUAUUCUAAUAAGAUACUUUCACUACUCUUUCUUUUCUUUUUCUUUCCUUUUGUAUUUUCCCCUUCUUCCUUCCUUACUUCAUUCCUUUCAUUCAUUGAUUCAUUAUUUCUUUUUUUCUUUCUUUUGUAUCGCUAAGUACUUUCAUUACUUUUUCUUUUCUUUCUUUUCUUUUUCUUUCUUCGGUUUUUCGUUCGUUUCGUUCUUAUUUUUUCUUUCUUUCUUUCUUGCCCUCAUUUUUUAUUUUCCAUAUCAACCCUAUCUUUCUUUUUCUUUCUUUUCUUUUUCUUUCUUCUGUUUUUCUUUCUUACUUUCUCCUUCAUCCUUCCUUCCUUCUAUUAAUUUCUUCAUUUUCAUUUUUCCUACUUUUCUUUUCUUUAUUCUCUUUUCUUUUUCUAUCUUUUCUUUCUUCUUGCUUUCUCUUUUUUCCUACCAUUUUCUCUCUUUCAUUAUUUAUCUUUCAUUUCUUUCUUUUUCUUUUCUUUCUCCUCUUUCUUCCUUUCUUUCUCUUCUUUUUUCUUCUCUUUCUUUCAAUAAUUCGUUCUUUCUUUCUCCUCUGUCUUUCUGUUUCCUUUCUUCCUUCUCUUUCAUACUUUCAAUAAUUCAUUCUUUCUUUCUCCUCUUUUUUUCUUUCUUUCAUUCUUUCAGUAAUUCGUGUAUUGAUUUUGUCUCUUUGGCCUGCAGUGGACAUUCUCUCUUUCCCCCCUCUCUCUUCCCCUCCGUUCCUCUCUCCCCCCCCUCUCUCUCUUUCUCUCUCUUGCUGCAUCCUACUACCAGAAUAUUGUAUUUACUUCUACUGCAGCACAAAUCCUUUCUUUUCUUUGUCAAUCCCAUUCUCUCUUUAAACAAUCCUGAAUCUAGUCCCCCCUGUCUCUAUCAUCUCAUUCCCUUUGGUUUUCCUUCAUCUUGGAUCAACCACUUCCUUUAA